AUGAUAAAGGAGGAUAUUGUAAAUGACAAUGAAGAUUCUGAGCCAUCAGUAUGUGAGAGAAGUGGCAUGAUUCCCAUGCAUGAGAAAAAUGAGGAGGGACCAACAGUAGAUGCCAAAGCUACUGAUGGGAAUAUACAAACAGAAGAAACUGCUCUCUUGAAUCAUUGUGCUCAGCAACCUCCGGAACCGACAGCAGGGUCUUCAAUACCUGCAAGAACAUUGAGGCAAAUAUUUACUUGUCCUCCUCAAGGUUUACUGGCCCGAACAGUGACAAAUGUUGCAAUUGUGGUCCUGGUUUGGGCUGUGGUUUGGUCCAUCACUGGGACUGAGUGCCUUCCAGGUGGAAACCUGUUUGGAAUUCUGUUUCUUUAUUUUUUUGCUGUCAUUGGAGGUAAAAUUUUUGGAUUCAUUAAAAUACGAACACUACCGCCUCUCCCUGCUCUUCUGGGGAUGCUGCUUGCUGGUUUCCUAAUCCGAAAUAUUCCAUUCGUAAGUGAUGCUGUCCAGAUAAACCUACGCUGGUCUGCAGCACUGAGGAAUAUUGCUCUUUCAAUUAUCUUGACCCGAGCAGGACUCGGCCUGGAUCCAAAGGCUCUUAAGAAACUCAAAGCAGUUUGUUUGCGGCUUUCUUUUGGACCAUGCCUCACAGAAACAUGCACGGCUGCUGUUCUUGCCUACUUGUUCAUGCAUUUGCCAUGGCAAUGGGGAUUUAUACUGGGUUUUGUUCUAGGCGCAGUCUCCCCUGCUGUGGUGGUUCCCUCAAUGCUGAUUUUACAAGCUGGAGGAUAUGGGGUGGAGAAAGGUGUCCCAACUUUGCUAAUGGCAGCUGGCAGCAUUGAUGACAUUCUGGCUAUUACAGGCUUCAACACUUGCCUUGGAAUGGCUUUCUCCUCCGGUUCUACUCUGUACAAUGUGCUCCGUGGAGUGCUGGAGGUUGCUGUUGGCAUAGCAGCUGGCGGGAUUCUGGGAAUGUUUGUUCAAUAUUUCCCAAGCCAUGAUCAGGCAUCUCUGGCAUGGAAGAGGUCAUAUUUUGUACUUGGGCUGUCCAUGUUUGCUGUGUUUGGCAGCACCUACUUUGGCUUCCCUGGAUCAGGAGGGCUCUGCACAUUAGUCUUGGCUUUUGUUGCAGGUGUGGGAUGGUCAGCUGAAAAGAAAGAAGUAGAAAAAAUUGUUGCAGUUGCAUGGAAUAUCUUUCAACCUUUUCUUUUUGGUUUAAUUGGAGCAGAAGUAUCUGUUGGGUCUCUUAGGCCUGAAACUGUUGGGCUCUGUGUUGCUACAUUAGGCAUUGCCCUAGUUGUGCGAAUCAUAGCAACGUUCCUGAUGGUGUGUUUUGCUGGGUUUAAUUUCAAGGAGAAAGUAUUUAUCUCAUUGGCAUGGAUUCCCAAAGCCACUGUCCAGGCUGCAAUAGGUUCUCUUGCCCUGGAUACAGCAAGAAGUCAUCAAGAUGAGCAACUGGAAAAGUAUGGAAUGGAUGUGCUGACAGUAGCUUUCCUGGCUAUCUUGAUAACUGCUCCAAUCGGAGCCCUGGUUAUUGGCUUGGCAGGGCCCGUACUUCUGCAGAAGGCUCAGACAAAUAGCAAAGAGGAUGAGGAAGGUGCUGAGGCUGGAGAAGAGGGGGACGCCUGUGAACCUUCAUAAGACAAACAUCUACAGGAAUAUGGUCCUUCAGCCCUUACACUUCCGUUGAGUAAACACAGGAUGUCUGUAACCUUUCUGGAGAAAACCAAAACAAGUAUCAUUCAUGGCUGCUAUUUUAAAAGCAGCCCUGGUGGAGUUUUAUAAAAUAUUUUUAUGUGUUCAUGGUGCCUUAAGAGAUGAAAUAGUUGAACAUACAGUGAAUAGGCUGGCCAAGCAGUGAGUCACUGAGAAGUCAGCAGUCAACAGUUACUUGAAAUGUGUGGGUGUGAGGCCAGGGAGAGGAUAGGAAUUGUUCAGGCAUGGAGUGGAGUCAUAAGGUGGAAUAUAAGCAGAAGAAAACAGAGACUAAUGUGAAUGACUUCUUGACGGUUGAAACUGGGCCGUGAGAUGACAAGUUCAACAACUACAAAACAAUGUAAGUUCUGAAUUAGAGACUGGUGACACACAGUGAACAA